AUGGAAGACGAUGCAUUCAACGCCUUGGCCUAUGAUGAGGAUUUCAUGAUCGAAGAGUAAGAUUUCCUGCUUUUAUUGUUCCUGUUUAGGCUGUAUUAACCAAUACGUAUAUCACAAGGGUCGUUUUAUAUUUAUGAUACCUAAAAAUUUUUCCAGAGACCCCGGUGCUUUUGAUGAAGAAGCAGAAAUGUAUUUGGCGGAACAAAGAGCUCAUGAGCCUCAGAAUCCACAGCAAAAUCCUCCAAAUGCCGACGAUUUGUUUGCAGACGACCUAGAUCUUAGUGUAGAUCCAUUUGCUGCUCCUCCAGCACCGCCAAGUGAUGCCGAACUUCGGGAGAAACGACGAAAGGAGCAAGAGAACUUGCCAUUAGGAGAACAUCCAUUAGGUACGGCUUUUUACUGUAGUAUUUAUUGGAAGUUUAGAUUGGUUUAUUCGAUCGGACCUUGAUCCAGCAGCGGCCAAGAAGAAGAAACGUGAGGAUCUGGAUUUGAAAACCACCAAAUUGGCCGAUCGUAUUGCUCAAGAAAGACGUCGACGAUCGUUGAAGACAUUUGGACAGAAUAACGACGAGAAUCAGGUUUACAAGCCAAAGUACUUGAAGGAGAUACCUGAUGGUGAAGAUAAGAAAUAUAUCAAAAUCUCCGAUCCAGAUGGUCUUGAAGAGGGCUUUCUAAAGUUGGAGAGUCUCAGUCUAGACGAUUGGAUGACUGAAAAGGUCAGGAAAAUGAUUAGCAAGAGUAUACAAGACAUUGGACGAUCAAGGCCACAAGUUCAAGGUAAAAAAUUGAUGUUUUUGGGGUUGGCUUUAUAAUUUUGAGUAAGAAUUUUCUAUUUUAGCUCAGCCUCCACCAGCUACGACUCAGGAUAACACACAGAAUACGCAAAUUAGAUCAAAUUUGACUGCCAAUACCACCUUGAAUUCAACAACAAAUCCGGAUUCUACUGUGAACCGAACUCAUUUCAUCGAUGGUGUUGAUCUCAGUCAGUUUGGUCUCAAUGAAUCCGAACUUCUGAACGCCGACGACACUGAUUUUGAUAUUGAUUUGAGCCAGUCCACAAUGAACUUGCUGGCACAGACAACGAUUGAUAUUCCUCAAUCGUCGACUGCAAAUCCCAGUGUUGAAACGUCUCUAUGGACGACAAAAUACGAGCCAAAGUCUUAUUUUGAUCUCCUCAGCGAAGACAGUCAGAAUAAAACGGUGUUGGCGUGGUUGAAAUUGUGGGAUAGGUAUGUCUUCAACAAGAAGGUGAAAAUUGAUGGACUGCUCGAUGAAUACCACAUGAAAAUGCUUGAAGUAGAAGAAGAAAGACCUAAUCUGCCGAAAAUGAAGGUAAAAUGUUUGAAUUUUUGAUUGGAAAUGGGGAUAAUAGAGAAAGUUCCUAUUUUUUACCUUAUUUUAGGUAAAUUUGACGUUUUUUGUGUCCUAAAGUUCAAGAGACUAAUAUUUCCGGUCAUUUUUGGGUGGUUUAAAUACUAUUCUUCCUAGAUAAUCCUAUUUUGCCUUUUCAUUUUAUCGUUUUUCAUCUAUUUUGUCGUAUUUUAGAUGCUCCUUCUCCAUGGUCCAAGUGGAUGUGGAAAAUCGACUCUCGCCAAAGUCUGUGCAGCCACAGCGGGCUACGAACCGUUCUUUGUGAACCUAGGGUAAGCUUAUUUUAUUAUUUUUCUGAUACUUUAGGGCUUUUCCCGGCUAAAAAUUAGAGAACGUAAAAAAAUUCCCGCCUCAAUUCCCUUCUCUCUCUCCAGCUGAAGAAAUAAAAGUGGAAAGAAAAGAACCGGGAGUGUCUCCCAUGUGGUCUAGUGGUUAGGAUUCGUGGCUUUCACCCACGCGGCCCGGGUUCGAUUCCCGGCAUGGGAAGUAAACUUUUUGGAGGUUUUCCAGACUAUUUUUUGAUGGUAAAUGGAUGAAUUUAAAUGUAAAAAAAAUUUGAAUACUGUGUUUAUUUGUUUUUCAUCGAAUUUUUGUCCAAUCCGGAGCUUUUUUGUUGAUUUUUAAGUGAAAAUAUGCCAAAUUCGGAUCUUUUUUCUGGAUUUUUGACUGAAAAUAUGGCAAUGAAGACAAAAAUUGAAGUUAAUUGGACUCAAUUGUGUUUCAGUGAGAUCACCUCUCUUGCCCACUUGAAAUCCCUGAUCUAUGAGCGAUCCGGCAACAUCUCCAUGGAUCAUUACACACGAACCGACCGCCCGAAGGUGGCCAAGCCGAUUUGUUUUAUAAUCGAAGGCUUGGAUGGAGCAUCCGGUGACUUUGUCAAAUUUCUGACAACUUAUGUAACCGAAAAGAAGAAGAAACUUGUCAGAAGACCGAUGAUUGUCUCCUGUAAUAACGCCUUCUCGAACGCCAUAAAGACUUUGAGGUCGGCCGCGCUCGUCGUGAAAUGUAGUGGACUGAACAAGGAGAGAGCUGUGAAGAGAUUGAUCAAGGUAAUAAAGGAGAUUUUGAAAAUGAAACAGAAGGUUUGGCAAAGGGUGCUACAGUGACCUGAUCCAGUGGCAAAAAAUGCACCAUUUUGCAUCCGGGAAGCAUCAAAAAUGUGGCAAAAUACCUCACUUGUCAGCUGAAAAAACUCCGAUUCUAAAAGGCGCGUGAAAAAUCGGAGUUUUUUUUUGGAGAGGGAGGCAUUUUGCCGCAUUUUUGAUACUUCCCGGAUGCAAAAUGCUACGUUUUUUGCCACCGAAUCAGGUCCGUCACUGCAAUUGGAAUGUUUUCGUUUAGAUCUGCGAAGAUGAAGGGCUCACAAUGAAACGGUUUACCAUCGUCCAGCUCUUCGAGCAGUGCAGAGGAGACCUGCGACUGACGUUGAACAAUCUUCAGUUCCUAACCAGCACUUCAAGAGAUGGAAGUGCAGUUUCGGUAAGAAGAAACUAAUUUGAUUUAAAUUUUUGCUUUUUUCAGGCGGAAUGCAGCAGUAGAAUCGAAGAAUUCAGCAUUUUCGAUGCGAUGGACGCAAUUUUGACCACGAAUUAUCAUCUGGAUGCGUAAGUGGACAUUUUAUACGAUGAAAGUUUUUUUGAUGGGCUUGUGGAAAUUGAAUAGAAUUUCGAUUUUUGAUUGGAGUGCAUGGUAUAAUUUGGAUUUUUUGCAGUCGGGGCCAUAUUAAAUCGCCUAAGCAACGCGCCGAAACUAUUCAUCAAGUCCUGAGCCGAAGAGAUGAUUUGGAUCGCGUUUACACGGCCGUAUUUUAUAAUGCCCCGAGUGUUUUCAAGUUGAAAAUGUUCCAGGUGAGAGCUUUGCGGAUUGUUUUUUGCCGGUGGGGACAUUUUAUACGAUGAAAAAUCUCUGUGAUUUGUUGUUGGCUUUUUUGUCGUAUAAAAUGUCCCCCGGUUACAGUUUUUAUUGCAGAGUGAUCUGUGAUGUUUUUAUAAUGCGAUCUUUGUUUUAGCGCUUGAAAAUUUGCCGGUCCCUGAUUUUCGUGAACGAAAUUAACCGAUUUGUCCAACGAUCCCAAAACUUCUCCCUGAUGAGGUAUUCGGUCGCCGCUGCAAUGCAAAUCCAUUUUGCAGUUGCCACUCCGAGCACUACCAAGCAUACAUACAGUCUUAGCUUUAUGGUAAACCCACAAUUUCAUCGUUUUGAAGGCUUAAAAUUCGAUUUUUAGGCAUUUUCCGACAAACAAAAGGAAAACCGGGAGAUUCUGUCGUCGUUGGAGCAAAAUCAACGCCCUGACAAUAGAAGAACCAGAAACACAUUACUUUUACACAUUCUCCCUUAUGUGUGCUCCAUUAUAAACAUCCCAUUGAAGAGCCAAAACUCGAAUAUGCUGAGCAAUGCAGAUAAGGAAGCAGUGGGAAGAGUGGCGGAUAUUAUGGUCGCGCUGGGCAUUGGAUUCGCUCAGAAGUUGGAUCAAGGCCUCUUGAACUUGGCUUUAGACCCGUAGGUUGUUUUUUGUAUAUGUUGGCGACAUUUUAUACGAUCAAAUGUGUCAGGGAAGGCAGGAUAUGUUUUGUCGUAUAACUUGUCGCUUUUGUAACAUUAUGAAUGAGAAAUACCGUUACUUGGUAGAGUAUGACUGUAACUUCCACAAAACGGAUGUUUUAAAUUUUAGAAGACAUUUUAUGCGAUGAAAUUUAUCCGGGAAGGCCGGAUAUGUUUUGGCGUAUAACUUGUCGUUUUUGGAACACUACGAAUGAUGAAUAUUUUUAUUUGGUAGGGUAUGACUGUGACUUACAUAAGGCGGCUGUUUUAUAUUUUUAGAAGACAUUUUAUACGAUAAAACGUAUCCGGAAAAUUGGAAAAUGUUUCAUCGUAUAAUUUGUCCGCCGAGGAUCAGAACUUUAAAAUGGGUGUAGAUUUCGAAUGUAUGAUCUAUAGAAGGGUGUAAUUGUUAUUUUCAGACCUGUCGAUCAACUGGUUUGCUUCCAUUACACAAGUAAACAAGCUAAAAUGACCUCAACCCUUAUGAAAAUCCUCAACAAUGAAGUCCGCCAACGGCGAAUCCGAGCUUCCGCCGACGAGCAUGUAACAAUAGUCAAUAAGGAAGUGGCGGAACCAAAUAAAGAGGCCCCAAAAACUCUUUAUGCCAUCAUGGGGGGAAAAGACCAAAAACGCCGAUCCACCGAAAAUCAAGGAUCGAUAUUCGAUUCCAUCACUGAUUCCGGCUUCACAUAUGCUCAGGGAUCUUCUCAGGCCAUCAGACGCAUAAUCAGAAACAAGAAUUUUAUCAAUCUUGAAAAUUUUUAA